AUGCGAAAUUUCGGUUUUCAGAAAUGCGCUAAAAACGAAAUGGCCCAGAACGAAACGCAAAAUAACGAAAAGGACGAAUUCGCCGACAGAAUAAAUUCUCAGUCCGAUGAAAUCGAAAAAAUCCAAGCCAGAACAUUUACGAAGGCUCUUAAUUCCGCGGCGGUAAAAGACCAGCCGAUUGACAACUUAUUCGAAGAUCUGCGGGAUGGAAAACGGCUGCUGAAGAUUGUUAAUUUUUUCACCACUUCAAAACUCAAUUUGCCAACGUCUUUGCAUCAGAAACCCGAGCGAGGCUCAUCAAAUAUCCACUCAAAAACAAACGUAAAUAAAUGCCUCGAUACCCUGGAAAAGAAUCAAGUCGAGUUUGUCAACAUUCAAGCGGCCGAACUAGUCGCCGGAAAUGAAAAGAUCACUCUUGGAAUCGUAUGGACAAUUUUACACCACUUUCAGGUCAAAUUGGCGAUGAAAAACGUAGAUUUGGACGAAGAUCAUGCCCCAGACGUAAUUCUCAUGGCUUGGGUAAAACGCCAAAUCCACCAAUAUGUCCUCCCGCUUUACAACUUCAAAAGCUGCUGGGUAGAUGGGAAGAUCUUCGUCGCCAUCUUGUUGAACAACGGCUUACUGGAGAAGGAACUUACUUGGGAAAAGUUAUGCGACCUUUCGGCCGAGCAGCGGAUUCAACUAGCUUUCACGGUGGCACAAGAGCGAUUGAAAAUUGCGCCCAUUUUAGAAGUCGCCGAUUUGAUGGAAAAGCCCGACUCGAAAUGCAUUCAGCUUUACGUCAGUUAUCUGUACGAGGAGCUUAAGGAUUACGACGCAGAAGGCUCUAUCUCGUCCCGGUCCAGCCUAAAAAGCCUCGUCCAAACCGUAAUGAUAAGCCGGACGCUGGAUGGCGCGAACAAGCUCAAAGAGCAAGCUCACCAGCUGAUUUUGAAAAUUCGCGAAAUCAAGAAAAACGCAGAAAGUGUUAAUCUGGAGGAUGAUUUGGAAAGAGUCGAAUUGCUACAAAAACUGCACGAUGAAAAUGAACUGAGAAUCCGGGAAAUCGAAAGUCUGCGGGACAACGUCGAGUCUAUCAGACGAGAUUUGAAGGAUGAAAUCUCCGCCGAGCUUUGGGAGCUCUUCCGGGUCACUGCUCACGUGGUGGAGGCGCUGCAGCAGAGAUUAGGAGUUCUAGUGAUGGACAAGUUCCAAGGGGUGACCGAUCAGUGGUACGAACAGAUUAAACUGAUUGGAGAAAAAGUCGAAAAAUUAGAUUUUUCGCUUGAAAACAGCGAAAGUUUGCUAAAUGCUCUUCUUGAGUUGAAAAAUGCAGUCGAUUCUGUAGCCAAGAUUAUCGAUGAUUUCCCCAUGCAUUCGUCGACAGAAGAGGACCGCAAGGCCGUGAUGGCCGUUGUCAAUGGAAGAAACGAGGAAAUUGAAAAGAAGAUCAGCGGGUUGAAAAAGUUUGAAGAGGCCAAGGCGAAAUUCGAGCUGACUGAGGCUCAGCUCGAAAAGGCCUUCCAAAGAGAUAAAGAAAGGUUCACUUCAUUACUACAGGAGUAUAAUGACUGCGCUUACGAGCUGCUAGAUCUUUUGGACGAUCCCCGAGACAUCAGCUUGAUUUCCAAAGUCAAAAGCAAAAUCGACUACUGGAACCAAAUUAUGGAAAACCAGCUUGUUGAGCCAGGUAACUUCGAAAAUGUCGACCCACGUGACGUCGAAGUAAUAUUCCCACAGAGGCACCACAUCGCACUCAAACCCAUGGUCUCAUUGGUCGCGGAAGAAACUGAGGACCAAGUGCGAGCAAUGCAGGAGACAUCCGCGUCUGAAACAGAAGAAUCGCCACGACAAACGCGCAAGACUUCGACUGGUAGUCUAAAAGGAGGACACGUUCGGAGGGGAAGAUCCUCCUGUGGAAGCAUCAUGGAAGAGAAGGAAAAUGAUGAUAACAAUCAAAGGGCCCUUGAUCGAAGCUCCCCAAGAUCCGACGAUUUUCAGCCUGGAGAGCCAGCUCCUCAAGAGAAUGAACAGCCCGAAAGCCAAGAUAACUCAAAAGUUGAAGAAAAGUCGCAAAAAGAAGAGCCCGAAAGCAAUGAUGAAAUUACCCAAGAGACAUUGAACGACAUUUCUAGUGGCGAAUUCAAGCUGAACUUUACGCCAAGCUAUGAUAUUGUCCGAGAAAUGGAGCUCAAAGAAGCCUUGGCGAAGCGAAUUGAUGAAGCAAAGCGCGUUCAGGAGGACAACUACGGGUAA